AUGAUGGGACUUACUCCAAGCAUCAGAUGCUAUACGAUUGUAUGUGGCCCAGAAGGGGUAGCAGCACCAGUCCUUCUAACACCACACCAGAAACAAUGGUAUAUGUUGGGGAAGGAAUCAGCACCCCACGUCACCCUGGCUGUUGGACACGGUUUUGAAGCAAGGAGUUUAGGUCCCAUGAUCAGGAGAGCAUCUAAACUGACCUGGCUGCCUACCUCAACACCAGGAAUUUACAAAGCCACCUCAGAGAAAAUGUGGAGGUUCAUGGAGCCAGACACCACCGAGAAGUGCCUCCCUGAGCGAUUACCUCUACCCAGGCAUCAUGGAAAACCCUACACAGACCACCCAUCAACUGAAGCAUUACUCUCUACGGUGGACAGCUCACUCUGGACAACCUCCCCAUUUGAUGUAGGACAGCUUCAGGUGGAACCUGUAAAAAUCAAUAUGAACAACCAAUACCAACAGCCUGUCUACAGACCACAGUAUCGUUUGAAACCUGAACAAUCUCUGGGUAUAAAACCUACCAUUGAUGGCCUCUUAGGAGCAGAAGCUAUCUAUCCAACCGUCUCCCCUUGGAACACGCCCAUCCUGCCUGUGCUGAAGGCGGGAGGAGAAACAUACAGGAUGGUGCAAGACUUUCGAGCUGUAAAUGAUGUUACAACUCCUAUUGGUCUCCCAACUCCUGACCCCCAUCUCGCAUUGAGCAACCUAUCACCUACUCACCAGUAUUUUACUGUCAUAGAUCUGGCAAAUGCGUUUUUUAGUGUUCCACUGGAUGAGACAUCCCAACCCAUUUUUGCCUUCACCUAUGAAGGACAGCAAUUCACAUACGCUGUCCUUCCACAAGGGUAUAGAUGUUCCCCAGGAAUCUUCAACCACAUACUGAAAACCCACCUGUCUGAACUCCAGGUGCCAGAAGGCGUGAUCCUCAUCCAAUAUGUCGAUGACCUUCUACUUGCAGCUCCUACCUCUGACCUCUGCCUACAAAUGACCAAGUCAUUACUAGACUUUCUAUCAACAAAAGGAUACAAAGUCAAGCGAAGCAAGGUUCAAUCCUGCAGAAGGACUGUGAUUUUUCUAGGAAGAGAAAUUUCAGGAGAAGGAGCAGCUCUCUCCAGAAACCACAGGGACUCCAUCCUCCACCACCCAAGACCAACUACAGUGGCAGGACUGCUCUCUUUUCUUGGACUGACGGGAUAUAGCAGAACACAUAUCCAUGAUUACACUGCAAGGACAGAGCCACUACGGGCCAUUGUACGCCAAGCAGGGGCGAGGAACCUUAUGGCAAACCUUGAAUGGAACGAAGAGGCGUCAACUGCUUUUGGCCUCCUCAAAACAGACUUAUCAGUAGCAGCAGCGCUGACUGCUCCUGAUUACAACAGCACAUUCCACUUGGAUGUUUCUGAAAAAGAGGGAUACACGUCAUCAGUGCUUUUCCAGAAACAAGAGGGGGAGAGGAAGGUACUGAUGUACCAUUCCUCCAAACUAGACCCCAUUGAGAAAGGACAAACAACAUGCUCCAGAUAUGUGGCAGCAGUAGCAAAAGCAAUUGACAAAACAGCUCACCUGGUCAUGUGCCAUCCAUUACAGAUCCACACCCACCAUGGCGUCGCAGCACACCUGACAAGCAAGGAAUUCACAUUUAGUGCUAAAAGAAAAACCAAAAUUCAGAACAAAUGCACACAGUCACACAUAUCAUUUGUCAACACAGACAAGAACAUGGCAGACGCACUAAAUUCAGAAGAAGGACUGCCACAUUCAUGCGCUGAAAAAGCGGCUCAGGAACUAAAACUGAGACCAGACCUAAAAAAUGAACCCAUAGACAACCCUGACCAGUGGCUGUAUACUGAUGGAUGCUGCUACAAAGGUGAGGAAGGAAACGUAGCUGCAUAUGCUGUGGUGCAACAACUAUCUGAUGGUUCACAUGUCACCCUGGAAUCAGCCAUCAUUCCCCAACCAGCAUCAGCACAACUGGCGGAGAUCAUCGGAUUGACACAAGCUCUUAUCAGAGCAGAAGGAAAAGUUGUAAAUAUCUACACGGACUCAGCCUACGCCCAUGGAUCAGUCCACACUGAUGGACCGCAAUGGGUGAGAAGAAACUUUACUACAGCGGGAGAUGUUCCAAUUAAACACAGGACACAGAUGGAAAAACUAAUCUCCUCAGUAGCACUACCUGCGCAGGUGGCUAUUAUGAAAUGUAAAGGACAUCAGCAUCUAAAAAACCGAGUAAACGCUGGAAACAAUGCAGCAGACAAGGCAGCCAAGAAGGCAGGAGGCUACCUACCCAGACAAAUGGUACUACUACCACAGACCUCACAGACUGAACUCAACCAAGGCAAUAUAGCACAGUUACAGAGCUCAGCAGGACCCUAUGAACACUCAGUCUGGGCUCAAAAGGGGGCAACAAAAGGACAGGACGAGCUCUGGAGGUGCCAUGAUGGAAGAUUAGUAGCACCAGCUAAACUCUGCCCUGAACUGUUGCGUGAGGCUCAUGGGCCCACGCACGAAGGGAAACUUAAGACCCUCCAAAAGGUCUCACACAUCUGGUGGCACCCUCACAUGAAAGAAAUGACUGAUUUGUUUUGUGACGAAUGUAGUAUAUGUGGUAGUCACAACCCAAAGAAGCCAUACCAGACACCCAUGGGUUCUUACCCAGUACCCAAUGCAUGUUUUCAGGAUAUCAGCAUAGACUACACUGAUAUGGGACCAGACAACGUAUCUAAAGGGAAAAGAUACCUGCUGGUAAUGGUAGACAGAUUUUCAAAAUGGGUAGAAGCCAUCCCCACAGCAAGGGAGGAUGCUAGAUCAGUUAUUAAGUGGCUACAAACUGAAUUAAUACCCAGGUACGGUAUACCAAGGCAGAUAAGAUCUGACAAUGGCACACAUUUUAACAACAAACACCUGAAAGAGGUGGAGGAGAGGUUCGGAAUCGUGCACAGGUUCGGUUCGGUUUAUCAUCCUCAGUCCCAGGGACUUGUUGAAAGGGCUAACCAAACGUUGAAAGCAAAAAUUGCAAAGGUUUGUGCAGGGACAAAAUUGACAUGGGUUGAAGCCCUGCCACUGGCUUUGAUGGCUAUGAGAGCAUCACCAGGGGCAGGGACCCAUCUCUCUCCUCAUGAGAUAAUGACAGGGAGAGUAAUGCCAGGUCCACCAAGGGAGGGAGGUCAUAUGCCCGCCCUUGAUGUACAACAGAUAGAAAUGACUGAUUAUGUGAAGAAAUUGACGGAACUUUCUGCAGCACUCUCUUCUCAGGUGCGGAAGGCCCAAGAGGGGGAGCUGUCGGGAAGUACGCUGCCGCUGAAGGUAAACGUGGGAGACUGGGUAAGGGUUAAAGUCCACAAGAGAAAGUGGCUGGAACCCAGGUGGACUGGACCGUACGAAGUGAAGGAGGUUACUUCACACUCAGUCCAGGUCAGAGGUAAAUCAGGAGCACCCUGGCACCAUCUAACUCAUUGCACACCAGCCCCCACUCCUUCUAGAACACUGACAGAAGUCAGAGCUGAUUUGAGCAGCAAAACCACAAUUUGA